UCACGAAUGCAGCGACAUACUACACUCUUAGCCCCUGUACGUCGGCAUUUCAUCGACGCAACUACAUCUUGGGCAUGCAUCUACUGGACAUGUCCUGGUUGGAAAUGGAUACAUGAUAGCAAUACCGUCCAAGCUGCGCCGGAACGAUGGGAUCACGUGCUUUCCACGACGAAGAGGCUGCAGAUAAUCAAGAUCCUACGUUUCAGCCAUACCGCGAUGAUCCGGACGAAGACGAGGCAACCUGGGACACAUCAGACCCCGAUGCUCCCCCUACGGAGUUCCAUGACCCCGCGCGACCAUCGAACCUCACCUGGAAAGCCCGACUGCAGCGCCGCAUCCCCCCUCGACUCCAACGGGGCUGGCAAGCGACAAAGACGUGGGUCAUUGGACCACAACCGCCGAGAAUCUACACAAUCACCCCUGUAUUACCCGCUGUCCAACACGCUCCCCUGACUCUACUCGACCGCUACGCCCCCAAGAAGGCGCACAAGUUCUGGCUGCUCGUCCUGCUCUACGCCUCGUGGCUGUUCGCCUUCUCCAUCGUGCUGUGGAAGAGCUCCUUCUCCGCGCAGAUUGCUGGCUACGGCGCGCCGGUCCAUAUCAGCUGUGUCACGAGGUACUGGGACGAUGCCAAUGGCUGCGGGCUGAAUGGGAAUGAAUGCCGGCCGUUUGCGAAUUCCACCUUGGCUUUCCGAUGUCCGGCGGAUUGCCAUAAAGAACAAGUCUUCAUCCCGCAUCCCGUGGGCGAUCAGGAGGUUGUCUAUGAACCGCUUGUCAUCGGCGGACCGACUGCGAACCACACGGGGUUUGAAGGCAAGAUUGUGGAGAACGCCGUGUACCGUGCGGACAGCUUCAUCUGUGCAUCUGCCGUUCACUCGGGCUUCAUCAACGAUGCGCAAGGCGGCUGCGGCGUCCUCACUCUGACAGGGGAGCAGGCGUCGUUCGAUGCCUCCAAGCGGCGUGGCAUCAGUAGUCACGGCUUUGACAGCUACUUUCCCAAAUCCUUCGGCUUCCUCGACGGCACACUGUCUCAAUGCAAAGACCUGCGAUGGCCCGCAUUGAUUGUGAGCGUCGUCUUCACCGCCACCCUCAGCAUCUUCACCACCAACCCUGCCAUCUUCUUCUGGUCUCUCUUCGUCAUGCUCUUCUCCACCGUCGCCCUGGCCACCGACCCCCCCUCUUCACUAAACUACUACAGCCUCCUCAGCACCGCCUUCGGCCGCUUCCUUCCCGCCUGCUUCUGCGGCUGGGUCACAUAUCACUACACCGUCAAGCGUUCCCUCACCAACCUCACCGCGCAGUUCGAAAAAACCAUCCUCUGGCUCGGCGCAGCGUGGGUAGGCGCGCUAAACAACUACACCUUCGACAAGAUCCCCAUCCAGCGCCUCACGCCGCACGACAUCCAAGCCCAGCCGGGCGCAGUGCCAGCCCUCAUCAUCAUCCUCCUCAGCAUCCUCGCCAUCGCCCUAAGCCAAGCCUGGGCCUUCCGCAUCGAAGGCCGCAUGCCGCGCUACCUGCUCAUCUACGGCCUCUUCGUCGCCGCCCUGCUCAUCAUGCUCGCCAUGCCGGGCCUCAAUCUCCGCAUCCACCACUACAUCCUCGCCCUGCUCUUCCUGCCUGGCACCUCCUUUCAGAACCGCCCGUCGCUACUCUACCAAGGCCUGCUGGUAGGUUUGUUCAUCAACGGCAUUGCGCGCUGGGGUUUCGCCAGCAUCGUCGAACUGCCGGGUGAAUUGCUCGCCGGCCUGCCGACGGGGACUUUACUCCCGCCGAUCUCCGUUCUGGCCGUCGCGGGCGCGAAAAACAUCACCUUCAAUCUCGGCGCGCUGCCCGUCGCGGCACCAAAGGGCAAGCGAACGUUCGACGGCGUCAGCGUGCUUGUCAACGACGUCGAGCGCUUCCGGGGAUACGGCGAUAACAAGGAUUACUGGCCUGACGGGUGGGCUGACGGGGGUAAUUUCACGUGGACGUGGGAGCGGCAUCGGGUGGGGGCCGAUGGGGACGACGAUGAUGCUGCUGCGUCCAAGAGCCUGCCCGAGUACUUUCGCUUUGCGUAUAUGGAUGGCAGCGUUGUUGCGGACUACACCAAAGCGGGCAAGUGGGAUGGCGAUGGCAAGUGGAUUCAGAUGGAGUCGGGGCAUAGCUGAUCUGUUGGGAUUGCACUUGUCGCAUUGAUAGACCAGGGAUAGAAUGAUAGAAUCUCGAGUCUCUUGAGCA